UCGUCACCUCCGGUGACGUCUCUUACAGCCUAGUCAAAACAACUGAAACAUGACGCUAGCGUCUCGCAAAUGCGAAUAAAAUGUCGGAUUUGUAACAAUCGCCGAUAAACACAUGGCGCGUUAUUCAUUCUAAGGUCAUGUUUGUUCAGGACUGUGAGUUUGACUGCGUUUUAAUCGGGAUAAAGGAUUCAAAAUCCGCUCUGAAAAGCAUUGCUGUCGCUACCGGUUUGCUAACGGCAGGCGUCAGUCCAGCCAUCAGACCCGUGUGAGAGAUUUCACUCCAGGCAGGUAUUUGGAUCCCCGGGAGAGGCCGGUGCUCACCGAAGAGACGGGGAACAGGAUUGGUAAGCAGGGGGGAGCUGCCACCACGGAGCAAGUGGAAAAGAUGGCGAGCAGCCCGGAGAAAAGCACCUCAGCGCAGGAGCUCAAGGAGCAGGGGAACCGACUGUUCCUCAGCCGAAAAUACCAGGAGGCCGCCACCUGCUACAGUAAAGCCAUUAAUCGCAAUCCCUCCGUGGCCGUGUACUACACUAACCGGGCACUGUGCUAUGUGAAGCUACAGCAAUCUGACAAGGCACUGGCCGACUGUAAACAUGCCCUUGAACUUGACAGCCAAUCGGUGAAGGCGCACUUUUUUCUGGGCCAGUGCCAGCUGGAACUGGAGAAUUAUGAAGAGGCCAUUGGCAAUCUACAGAGAGCUUAUAACCUGGCAAAGGAACAGCGAUUGAAUUUCGGAGACGAUAUCCCAAGUGCCCUUCGCAUUGCUAAGAAGAAACGCUGGAACAGUAUAGAGGACAAGCGGAUCAGUCAAGAGAACGAGCUGCACGCGUAUCUCACUCAACUCAUACUGGCAGAAAAAGCGAGAGAGAUAGAAAACUGCAGAGAGAAGCAGACAGAAGACAGUCCGAACGGAAGUGAAAUUAGCAAAAUCAAAUCCAAACAUGAUAAAUAUUUGAUGGAUAUGGAAGAGCUCUUCUCUCAAGUGGAUGAAAAGAGGAAGAAGCGAGAGAUUCCAGAUUAUUUGUGUGGGAAGAUCAGUUUUGAGCUCAUGAGAGAGCCUUGCAUAACACCCAGCGGUAUAACCUAUGACCGCAAAGACAUCGAGGAACAUCUACAGCGUGUUGGUCAUUUCGACCCGGUAACCCGCAGCUCACUGACCCAAGAUCAGCUGAUUCCCAAUCUGGCCAUGAAGGAGGUGAUUGACGCUUUCAUCCAGGAGAACGGUUGGGUGGAGGACUAUUAAACACAAACACACACACACGAGCGGACAGACGCCUGAAUGAAAUCUCCUGUAUAUUCAUGCACUUUAAUCAGUGGAGCUUUGCUGUGGAAUAUCUCACCGACGGGAGUCAGCAGCACCCUCAGGAAGCCUCUGAAACCCUCCGCUCGAUGGGUGCGAACACUGACACAUACUAAAAAAGAAAACACGCAAGCGCUCUCGUCUUUCCCUAACAGACUCCGUCGAUCUGGCCCUUCCCGCGGGUUCUGUUUCGGGCCUCAAACAUUUAUAAAUGUUUGCGGUCACGAAAGUAGUCACGAGUCAACAGUUGAAUAAUCCUGCUGUUCAGUGCAAACCAUGAUGCUGUAAUUUCCUUACACGAACUAUAAAAAGCAUAGACACAUCACUAAUAUUCAUUAAGCGAAGAGGAAACUGUACAUGGUUAGCGUUACGCGGGCUGACGUGUGUUUCUUUGUUCUUUAGAGAUCUAUAUGCAGAAUGAAUGGGAUGUAAGCGAGUGUGAAAGGUUGUAACAUGUAGAAUGUUUCUAAGACUUCUCUUGCGCUUGGGUUCUAGCAGGAUUAUAGAGUUUUGUAUGCAUCGUGUAAUCCACAUGUAUUUAGACAUUCAUGUAUGACUGCCAAUCAUUCAAAAUGAACUGAGAAUCUGUCGCAUUCAGACUACAUCAUCAUUUCUUAUGAUGUACGAAACGUUUCGUCUCGUCGUGUGUCUGUGUAUUAGAGAGAGGAGUAAAUGAAAUCUGUUCUAACAGUCACACAAACACGUUUCUUGUUUAGUAUCAGUAUUCUUUUUUCUUUGGUCCAGUGACCCUUGUUAGUAGCUGAAUAAUACAGAUCCCAAACUAUCCAUUCGGUUCAGGUGAAACAUCACUGAAUCAUAACAUGUUGGAUGCAUGUUAAAUAAAUGUUUUGUUUUUUGUAAAAAAAAAACAGUUUGUUUUAUUCAAGUGAUCAUGAUUUGUAAUUCUGAUUUGAUAAGAAGAUUCCCAAGAUGGGGCUGGUGAAUUGAAAAGUUGUUGUUGAAGUGUUUGCAGUGAGUCACUAGAGGGCAGCAUACAGCAGAUAAACUCAUCACUGCUGAAUUAAACUGUGUUUUCAUCAUGUUGAAAGGAUCAUCAUCACUUCACACUGCCAAUGCAAAUGUGAUUUUAACACCUCACUAUAACAUUCAAUGUUUGAUUGGUUGAAUGUUGUGAACUGGAACAGUUUCACUUCUACUCCAUAGAGACGUUAAGAAGUUUCACAUGAUUUUCAAAGAGAAUUUUCUGUGAACCGAUGGCAAGAGGGCAGCUUUUGUCCUCUUUAUAAAGAAUAAUAAACACACAAAAAGAUAA